CCGUUACACAUCUAUACAUGUCAACAUUUGGAAAAGAGGACAAUCAGUGACAUGCUGGUCGGAAAGACAACGCCUGGAGGAAACCUGUCUUAAAUGUGUCCUAUUGAUUGACAGACAGAAGGGGAGGGGCUUACUCAAGGGGCCACCAGUGCUACAAGUAACACCGCAAGCAUCUGAGAAACAACCUGAAGUCGACAUUACUACUGACACAAAUUGAUCCUGUUGACAUGACAGAGCUAAAGUUUUUUUUUUUUAAAUUUUGAUGUAGAAGUGUUAAUAGCUCACAGCAGCUUUUGUUUUAUUUUUCAUUUUUAAAAAUACUUAAAAGAUGAAAACUAAAAGUGAGCUUCCAAAUGUCAGAAAUAAUUUGAUAAGCUAACUUUAUUUGACCAACCUAAUAUGGGAGUUCACCUCAACUAACUGUGGGCUACACUUGCUGUAGUGGGUUGGCUAACAUGGCUUUACAGCUAACACAGGAGUUAAUAAAUAGACUCUGUUGGCUCACAGAAGCAAGUGUUUUGUUUUAUAUUAUGCUGUUGUUGGGUAAAUGUAACAUUAACCUUAGCUUUACUAUUAUACUCCCUCUUCAGUGUCUUGGUAUUUACAUAAUCCCCUUUUCCACCACAGGAACUUUAACUUUACUUGGGAUUUUGAAAGUCCUUGAUGCGUCUCCACUGAAAUUACCUAGAUAAAAAACUUUAACUCAACUGAAAACAUUCUCUGAAAAAAGUUCCUAGUAUGGGGUAGGAGUUUUCAGAUCCCCCGGAAUUUUUGAGAAGUGGGGCUGUGUGCUGUAGAACAUUGAUUGGUGGAACACACUUGCAGCGUUCUUCACUUAAGUUCAACCACAACAUUUAAGCCAGUGUGCAUCUGCAAGCUUGUUUAUUCCAUUUCUACAAGCUUUACUUCAUUUGCGUUUUGAACAUUUGGAAAAUGGAGCAAAAGAAGAGAAGCUGUGACAAGUGGAUGGACGACGAUGUUCGUUUGACAAAUACGUUCUUCUGAGAGUUUAAAGUUGCUAUUUUCAGGAUAUUUGGCUCGCUCCAACGAGUACAUUGUAAUCAUCAGUCUGUCCAUCCGACUAAACUAAAGAGUGUAUUUGACAAAUUCGUUCAAAACGGUCUGGACAACAUCAAACAUUUUAUUAAAUACACUCAAGAGAAACUCAGCAUGACUUCAGUUCAACAACUCAAAACAACCAAGCUUGAUUUGACUAGAUUUCCCAGAACUUUGAGGUGUGGUGAAAAUGCAAAACGCACAGUUUACAAGGAAGGAUUUUUCCCAGUUAAAUAAAUUCCUGGAAAUAAAAGUUCCUGGGAAUGUUGGUGGAAACAGGGCUAUAGUGUCUCUAAAUUUUAGGGCCUUAACUGGAACCAGAUCCAGGACUAAUCCUACCAGUAACACCUGCAAGAUUCAGAUUGUCCUUCCUGUUGUUUUCCUCAGGUCUUGUUGUCACUGUGUUUCCGUGGCGAUGUUCCGGCGCAGGAAAAAGAAGCGCAGGCCGGAGAUCUCCGCACCACAGGACUUCCAGCAUCGUGUCCACACGUCCUUUAAUGCAGUGACGGGGCGUUAUGUAGGCCUCCCUCCACAGUGGCAAAGCGUCAUCGACACGCUGAAGAGGCCACGCCCCCUGGUGGAUGCCUCCAGGAUCACAGAGGUGGAGCUUGGACCUAAAAAGAGCAUCGUCCGGGGAAGCUUCAUUGGUCAUGAGGACUACAUCUCCCAUGUGAUCGCAGAGAUGGGCCGCCUGUCCGUCUCCAGCUCUAACUCUCUGCGGCGUAGCAGUGUGUUGGCACGGAAACGGGCCCAGUCUCUGGGUCGACUGGGGGAGCUGGUCGAAGAUGAGCCAUACCAGUAUGAAGAGCUCAGUCCCCAUGGAGACAGUGGGAAGAGCAGCAGCCGUUCCACCUACUGGCAGGACCGGAUUCGACAGGUCCGCAGUGAGAGCGGCAGCCCCCACCUGCCCCGAGCCAAGUCCAGCGGUGAGGUGCGUCCUGAGGCCACGCCCUCCUCACCUGUCAGCAGGCCCUGUCUCAGGACAAGCUCUACGCGUGCUCAGUACGCCCGCAGUGAGGGGGCGGGGCUCCGUGGAGGUGGGGUCAGCAGACAGAGGCCCGCCUCCUGUCACAACAACCUUAGACUGAAACCAGCUGUCAAUCACCUGCCAGACCUGCUGUCAUCCUCCUCAGAAACUCCCAGACGGCCACGCUCCUCCUACGACCCACAGCUGUCCUCCCCGUCCUCCCCGUCCUCCCCAUCCUCCCCCCUCUCCCUCCCUCCCCCUAACAGCACCAGCAGCCCCCUCACAACUAGAAUCCCACCUGACCGCAUGCCCCGCCCCUCCUCCACCUUCCUCCCUCAGCCUCGCCCUUCCUGCCCCACCCCCACUCCCUCCCAGCAGCCAUCAAAACCCAACGGACCCGGCCCAGCCAAGCUGACCCAUGACCAGUUCAAGGCAGCACUGCAGCUGGUGGUGGAUCAGGGCGACCCGCGGAUGACGCUGGAAAACUUUGUCAAAAUUGGUGAGGGCUCAACAGGGGUCGUAUGUGUCGCCCGUGAGAAACACAGUGGCCGCCAAGUGGCCGUGAAGAUGAUGGACCUCAGGAGGCAACAGCGUAGGGAGCUGCUCUUCAAUGAGGUGGUCAUCAUGAGAGACUAUCGGCAUCAGAAUGUGGUGGAGAUGUACCGCAGUGCUCUGGUGGAGGACGAACUCUGGGUAAUCAUGGAGUACCUGCAGGGUGGCGCUCUCACCAACAUUGUCAGCGAAACCAGGCUGAGUGAGGAGCAGAUGGCCACGGUGUGCGAAGGUGUCCUGAAGGCGUUGGCGUACCUCCACUCGCAGGGCGUCAUCCAUCGAGACAUCAAGAGUGACUCCAUCCUGCUGACGCUGGACGGGAGGAUUAAACUGUCAGACUUUGGGUUCUGUGCUCAGAUUAGUAAAGAUGUCCCAAAGAGGAAAUCUCUGGUUGGGACGCCAUACUGGAUGGCACCAGAGGUUAUUUCCAAAACACCGUACGGCACAGAGGUGGACAUUUGGUCUCUGGGCAUCAUGGUUGUAGAGAUGGUGGACGGAGAGCCACCAUAUUUCAGUGAUACACCCAUCGCUGCCAUGAAGAAGCUGAGAGAUGAACCAGCGCCAAAUGUCAAGAACAUCCAGAGGGUCUCUCCGGUGAUGAAGGACUUCCUCAGCUGUAUGCUAACUCGUGACACCCUCCGGCGCAGCAGUGCUGCUGCUUUGCUGGAGCACCCCUUCCUUCUGCAGGCCAGACCACCACGUUGCCUGGUGCCUCUGGUGGAGAAACACCGCAAAAGCACACCACUCUGCUGAACACCUGUACACCCGAGGGACCUGAGGAACCAGCAGGACCGGAACUCACCCAAGGGACUUGAACUGAGGGAUCUGAACUCAAUCAAGGGUACCCAGUGGACCUGAGGGACCUUAACUCACCUGAGGAACUCAAACCCACCUGAUGGAUCUGAAAGACCACAGGGACUUGAACUUGCCUGAAGGAUCUGAACUCAGCCAGGUGAAAUUUUCAUGAUGAACUAACUAUAAAAGGAGUUGGACUGUCCACCAGUAUGGACACUGUGAAUGAAAGAGUUAAUGUAUUUUAUUGCCAGCAUCUCAUUUUGAAAAUCUUGUCCGAUGUUUGCUGCUGCUGGUUGACCUUUGACCCCUCUCUACUGCUUCACACAUGGAACAGUUGAAUAGAUUAAAUGUUUCACUCAUAAUUCUUUUUUAAAUUUAAUAAGAGCCUAAAAACACUUAUUUGUAUUACAGUAAUUAAUUUAAAAACUUUGUGAUAUCAUAAAUCGUGUGUUUAAUGUGACAUUGUUUUGUUUUCAGGAAGUUAGUGUUGUCCAGCCCCACUGUCUUAUCUCUAAUGACUCCAACAAAAAUGGCUAAAAUACCAAACUUGAAGUUUCAAAACAGUGGUCUAUAUUUCAGAGGGUCCUGCUGCUCUUAUAAAUGAAGAUAAAGUUACAGAUUUGAAGAAUCACAGCAGAAAAUGGAUGAAAUAAACCUACUUGUCCUCAUAUCCCAGCCAUUUAUAUCUAAACAUUACAACACUCAUUGUGUCACCACAGCAAAUGUCCCUCAAUUCAAGUCACAGUUAAAGUCAAAGUUAGCUUUAUUGUCAGUUUUGUCAUAUGUACAACACUCACAGAAGACUGAAAUUGUCUAACUCUAAGCCCCACGGUGCAGCAAGGAGCAUAAGUAAAAAAAAAAAAAGAAAAAAAAGAAAUAGAAUAUAUAACAAUGAACAUAGAAUAUAACUGUAAAGGACAAAGGUCUGAAGAAACAAUUACAUAAGCCCUGAGCCAUUUGUUUCCUGUGGGAAUCAUUUCAAUGUAACACAAUACAAUGGAUUUGUGAACAGCUUCAUUCAUUCAAAAAAGCUUCAUUCAUUUAAACCAAGUUAUGAUCAGAAAACCGCAAAUGUGAAACAAAAUUCAUGGUCAUCUUUUUAUAAUUUUGUAUAAUUUUCAGCAGGAGAGAAUACUUUUAUUAUUGGAUCUGCUUAGUGGUGCAGUUUGUCUCAUUGGUCUGUUUUUUAAAUUAAAUUAUUCAUGACA